AUGACAUUGUCACUCCCAAGCCGGCGGCCUAGCAGCUCUCCUUUUCCUCCGUCGGCUCUCCUCUAUCAAAGCGGUAGAUCUGCUCAGUUGACAACCAACUAUGCAAGCUCACAAGCACUUGGAAGUGAUUUGGACAAUGCAAUGGAUUACUCUGUAGAAGUUGUCCUACUCGGUAAAAUGAGCAAGCUGGAAAAAACCAAGCUAUCUCGGUUCCUCAUUAAUAAUUGGAAUCCAAACAGGCCUGAGUUUGCUCAUGUAGAAAUGGUGCCUCUCAAAGCUCAUUCCAAAAGCACAAAAAUAAUGCCUACCUCAAUAAAGAGUCCGGUAAAAACUGUAAGCGAUUACGGUAUAGUACGGAAUAGCACUAUUGGACACAACUCAAUUACGGGUCAAGUUGCAUCUUCAAUACACACUGACGAUGACCUACAGAAGGCAGCACAUUCAAUCCGGCCUGGAACUUACAAUUUGCUAGGCCUUGAGGGGGAGAACAGUUCGACACGGCUUCAUUUAGGAGAGAUCUCUUUGCAGCCCGCUUCAAUUAGCUUAAUUACACUUUCUACAACUUCCACAGGAACUGUGGAAGCCAAGGUCUAUGUGCUACAUGAGGCUCGUCUUGUGCACAUGCUGUACCAGGUGCCUCAGAUCAUGUUGCUUACAUUAUCUGAGAUCUUUGUGUGUAUUCCUGCCAUGACUUUUGCCUAUUCUGAGUCUCCUGCUGGCAUGAAGACGACUGUGCAAGCGGUCAAUUUGGUGACAAUCUUUAUUGGUAAUUGUCUCGUUAUACUGGCAGCCUCCGUACCGGGCCGGCAGACGGACCGUGUGCAAGAGUUUCUUCUUUUCGCGGGACUCGCAAUAGCCUGUGCUCUUGUCACUUGGCUGCUGGUGCGCCGCUAUCGGGCUAACCAACAACGUCGGGCAGAACGAGAAGAAUUUAUUCGACUUCUUCAUUUAAAGGCGGCAGAAGAGGCGGCAGCCUCAGCACUGGCAGCAUCUAUUCCAGAGGAUCAGGGGCAACACAAGCGGGGAAAGGCGGUACAGGAGGAGAAUGAGGGAGAGCAAUUGGGCCAUCAGUUGGUUGAAAAUGAGCAUGCUUCCUUGUUAAGGCCUAGUUCUCAAGCACCUCAAAUAGCCGAAGUUGUAUGGAAAGAAAAGAGUAAAGCAGAUCCUUCCGAAACGGGACGAAUCGGAAUCGCGGAAGUCAUCUCAGUAUGCCGAGAAGAGCCUGUUAAGAGAACCUUUGACCAUAAAAAGUCAAGCCAAGUUUCACAGGCCUCAGGUGGCAGUCCGCUGCUUCUCCAAACCCAGCGGAGCUUUAUCAUCCUUGGCAGAAGCGAACAAGGCCAUCCCUCACGGCCAGGUCGAGCUGACUCUCUACUUGCUGAAGCUCGGAAAUUUUCCUAUACUUCAGGGUUGCAUCAAUCCGUCUGGCCGAGUUGUCAGAUAAUAAGUCCAUCUAAAAAAUUGUCACAUUCAGCCGGGUCACCAUGUUUCUCGGGCACUACUUCGGCUACAUCGGCAGCUCUCGCCAGUGGCUUAGCGACAGUUGGUGUAGUCACGAGUAAUAGCAACCGACGCCGCAGUCGAGGAACAAGUUUAUCCGUCUGGUCACCACAUAUUGCUCGCAUGGAACCAGAUGCUGGUGGAGCACUAGCCAGAUAUGACAGCUUCUAUUCAGUUGGCGAGCAGUCGGUGGGCUGGCGAGUUGGAGAAUUGGCUUAUGCUGAGCCCGGUUUCGGACUGGAUAUACGUUCGUUAGCCGAGAAACACCUUUGCUUGGAGCAAGAGAGAAGCUGA